GGUGCUGAGGUCGAUGCGAGAUCGCAUGAUGACGCUACGCCUUUGCAUUGUGCAGCAAUCGGAGGACAUCAACUGGUCGCCAAGCACCUCCUAAAAUCCAAUGCUGACGUGAAUGCGAGAAUGAAGGGUGAGAUGACGCCACUUCAUUUGGCUGCUUUCAACGCAUCUCAAGCCGUUGUCCAGACGUUGGUUGAAAUGGGUGCUGAUUUGGAAGCAAGAGACUCGUCAUCUCGUACGCCUCUCCAUCUGGCUGCAGGCAGUAUUUCGGAUAACGGUGCGUUUACGGUUGAGUACUUGGUGCAAAACAAAGCGGAGGUGAAUGUUUCGGAUAAGCUCGGCUUCACUCCACUACACAUGGCUGCUUCGAAGGGAUUAGAUCAACUGGUUGAAAUCCUCGUAGAUGCUGGAGCAGACGUGGACAAGCCAGACAUUCGAGGUCGUAACGCAUUGCAUCUAGCAGUUUUGACUCAUUCGGAAAAUACCGUGCGAAAGCUGUGUAAUGUUGGUUCGAAAGCGGUCUAUCGGCAAGAUUUCAAUGGCUAUUAUCCAUUACAUUACGCUGCUUAUAUUGGAUCUGAACAGAUGUGCCUAGACUUAUUCGAAUGUAUGAAGGAUAUGACCGAAAUGCCCACAUCGGGUCUUCCUCGGGAUAUCACACCGUUUCAUCUUGCAGCUGUGAAUAAUAAGGCCAAACCCCUUGUUCGCCUCGCAAAGGAGAUAAAGAAGCGGACAGAUAAAGCCGCAAAGAAACGUUUAUCUCUGGACCGACCGCUAUUUGCUUAUACGGAUGUGAAAAAUCGAAUACCAUUGCAUUACGCGAUGAAGUAUGGACAUCUCGAUCCAACAACUACAUUGCUUAGCCAACAGGGUGCUGAGCUUUGCCUGACUUGGCGGGAUAAAGAAGAGAUGACGCCGCUCCAUUUUGCUGCAGCAAACGGAAAGAAUGCAUGUAUUGACUGGGUGCUGCGAAAGUUCAACAAAAUAAGUGUGAAUAGAAAGGAUGCAAAGGGGAGAUCAUGUGGCAUGUUAUCUCUGACGUCAUUAUCGGGACCGUUCUGGCCGCUGAUCCGGAAGAGCAAUUUGGAGCGUUGUGACAACAUGGGUCGGGGCUAUCUUCAUAGAGCAGUUUAUUCCCGCAAUAAAGAACUACUUAUAAGGGUACUAGAGAGAUGUAAUCCAAAUGUUCGAGAUGUCAAUGGUGUUACGCCACUACAUGUCGCGGCUGCAGUUGGUGAAAAUGAGGCGGCAGUAAUGCUUAUCCAAUGUGGAGCGAACAGACUGGCAACGGAUAAUCGUGGUUUUACACCGAUUGAUUGGGCGGCAGCCUAUAACAAACUUUCUGUACUCGAAACACUGCUAGAGAGACCAAUCUCUCGACGCUCGAGUCCCGAUUCAGCCCUUGGAAGCGGAUACUCACGAUCGCCAUCAUCUACUGAUGCGAAAUCAGAGAGCGCAUCGACGGUAGCAGAGAAGCUAGAAAAUGAGUUGCCGACGUAUGGACGAGCUGGUCUACUGUUCGCUGCAUAUUUUGGCUACCUAUCUUGUUUAAUAUAUUUGUUGGAGAGAGAACCGAAGUUGGUCUCCUCACGUGAUCCACGUGGAAGAACUGCAUUACAUUUGGCGUCAUGGAGGGGCCAUUACCAAUGUGUAGAAUAUUUGAUGGAGAAAGGGGUGGAACUGGAAGCGGCUGACGAUGAGGGUGCAACAGCUCUUAUGUAUGCAGUAAAGGAAGCGAACUCGGUGCACAUUGUUGAGUACCUUUUGAACAGUGGAGCAGAUGUAUCAAGGAAGGAUUGCAAUAACAAUACAGCGUUGCAUCAUUGCUGUUUGAGUAAAAACGAAGAUUGCGGCAAGGUGCUGGCGAAUCAUUUGGCCAAGUCUGAUCCGAAACGGGAAAUUUGUAAUGCUACCAACAAUAAUGGCGAAACGUGA